GCACACGCAUACACGCAUACACACAUACAUGCCCGCGCGCGCGGGGGUGAUGUGUGCGCGAUUUCACCUUAGGGGGGCCUCGUGUGUCCGGGAACGCGCAUGGCCGUGGCGACCGCGCGCCACAUAUUUAAGGGUGGCCCUUGGCGAAUCUCCUCUCACUAUCAUCGCACGCUUUGGACCUCGCUACAGGCACACACGCACUGACAGACAGGCAGACACACACGGUAGCUGCACACGCGGUGCUUAGCCCACGGUAAUCUUCUCAACCGACGAGUGUCCAGCGAGCACUCCUCACCCCCCUCCCCAACGAGCCAUCAGGGAACAUCGUCGGCGUCCACACGAGAGGUUGCAGCUCUUCGCGUUGUCGCGGAUCUCUGCAACUGUGAACGAGCAACAGGAUGAUGAGCUCAACAAUCGUAAUCCUUUUCUCCAUGAUGACCAUGGGAAUAUUCUAUAACAAUGUCUUGGCAGCUUUACCGCUCGAAUGUGAUCCCGGCUUCCUCGACGAUCUUCCACCGAGGAUCCGCAAGAUCUGCGCCGCACUUUCGAAGGCGUACGAACUCGGUUCGGGAAGUUACACCAGUGUCAAGGAAAGUCAUAUACCAGGUGUUUUAGAGUCAAUUCAGGAAUCUAUCCCGUUGCUAGACAGUGGCGUUAAAAGACAGGACGAUCACGUUUUCCUGCGCUUCGGAAGGCGUCGUUAGACAUCGUUUUUUCGCAUCUUCGAUCUCACCGCAUCGUCAAGCUGCGAAAGAAAAAAAAAAAAAAUGCCUGCAAACCCAUCUCGACUUACUUCUCCGUUUGUAUUGCAUGUAUUGCAAUUUGUAUUUCUCCUUAUUAUGUAUAUAAUUACUACAUAUACUGUACAAUUAAAUCUGAUCGUAACGAC